UUCAACCAUUGUGUUGUCGAAGGUACUACAAAGUUCAAUAUCUUGACGUACCUAGACAAUGGUCAUGGCCAACGAAUGACGCAACUUUUUGUACAGUGUUUGUAUAAUCCAAAUUAAGGUAGUAGUAGUUUGGAGUUUGCAGACACGAUUGUCCUGUCAAAUCCUCCACUAACAUGAAGUUUGAUCAGGUACUUGAACAUCUUGGAGAAUUUGGACGAUAUCAAAAAAUUAUAUUUUUUAUGGUAUGCCUUAGCGCAAUUCCUUGUACAUUCCAUAGUAUGGGAAAUACUUUCUUGAGCGCUUCACCAGAUCACCAGUGCCUGUAUUAUACGGGUCAACUGUAUACAGCCUAUGAUGACCAAGCAAGGUGCUUAUAUCCGGCAGAUGAUAAAUCUUAUUGGAGCGAAUGCAAGAAAUACGCAAACUUGAGUAUUACUAGACCGGCAGAUUAUGCGUGUACGGAUGAAGAUGUCGCAAACUAUUCUGUCAGUGGUUGUGACAAUGGCUGGAUUUACGACACCAAAUUUUAUGAUUCCACUGUUGUAACGGAGUGGGACUUGGUUUGCGACAAGAACUCGAUGAAACAAUUAUCCAAAUCAAUCGUAUUGGCUGGAAAACUAGUAGGAUCACUUAUAUUUGGACAACUUUCAGAUAUCUCAGGGCGAAGAAUUGCUUUCCUAAUAUCAGUUGUUCUAUCGGUCGUCGGCAGUGUAGCCACAAUAUUCUCACCUACCUUUUGGUGUUAUUGCCUCAUGCAAUUUAUUGUGGGGGUGACGGCAUCCGGCAUGUUCAUAAUUGCUCUUGUAAUGGGAACCGAGCUUGUCGGAGCAUCAUGGCGAUCUUUUACUGGAAUAGCGAUUCAAUAUUUCAACAGCAUAGGGAAUAUGCUGCUUCCAGUUAUUGCAUACGGUCUCAGAGAUUGGCGAAAAAUUGAGAUAGUUUUUUGUGUAACUUGUUUCGUAUUCUUCAGUUACUAUUGGCUGCUUCCAGAAUCCGCGCGUUGGUUACUGACAAGAGGCAGGGUGGAGGAGGCUAAAAAGAUAAUUCAGAAAGCAGCCGUCGUUAAUAAAGUCACUUUACCCCCAAAUUUAUUUCAGAAAUUGUUAGAGAAGAAAGAUGACGUUAUGACUAAAGAAAAGGUUGUCACAAAAUAUUCCAUCAUCGACUUGGUGCGAACACCUGUUCUACGAAAAAGAUCGUGCAACCUAUUGUUCAGCUGGUUCACCAACGCCAUGUUGUAUUAUGGACUAUCAUUUCAAACAGAAAGCUUAGGGAGUAGCCCGUACCUAUCGUUCUUCCUUGCUGGUCUUGUUGAGAUGCCUAGCUACAUCUUAGCGCAGCUGCUUCUAGAUCGCAUCGGCAGGAAGCCAAUUCUAUGUGGAUACAUGGUGUUUGGUGGUGUUGUGCUUUUAGCGACUAUUGUAAUCCCAGAAGAGGGAUAUGAAACUAUAUUAUUAAUAUUGGUAUUAACUGGCAAGUCGUGUGCAUCGGGGUCGUAUGCCGUCGUGUAUCUGUAUACGGCUGAACUUUAUCCAACGCCAAUUAGAAAUGUAGCAGUUGGAGCGUGUUCAAUGAUAUCACGAAUUGGGGCAAUCCUUGCUCCAUAUAUUCUGCUCUUCGGUGAAGUAACCUCUACAGCUGUAUCUAUGACGUUUUUUGGAAUCAUGUCAUUUAUAGCGGGUCUUCUGGUUGUACUUUUGCCCGAAACAGCUAACACCAAACUUCCAGAAACCAUUAAGGAUGCUGAACAUUUUACCAGUCCAAGAAACAAUAUAGGUGGAGAUUCACUUGGGAAAACCAACACCAAACCAAAUGAACAUGGAAGCCGAGAAGAGACUUCUAAACUUUAAUAACUGAUUAGCGAAAAUGUUAUUAUAUCAUCGAAUACAUAUUCAGACCGAUUUUGUAGACAGGUUUUGUAGUCUAUACUCAUUUCAUAUUUUUACUGAACAUUUUUACUCAUAGAGCAACCAAAUUUGUUUUAUUGCAUGAAUUUCAUUGUUAUUUUAUUUUUAUUUAUAAUGACCGCAAUGGAAAUGAGUUUAAAUCGUUUUUAAACUUUUUGUGUUAUCCUUGUUAUAUCCAGUUUAUCUUCUUAUGUUUAUGUUUCACGUGUAUGUAUGUUUUGUGUGGUAAAUUUUUAAAUGUUUGUAUCUUUGUGCAGAUUUUAUGGAUAUUAAAAAAAAUAAAAUAAAAUAAAAUAAAAUCAUAAAAAACUAGAGUUCUAAUUAGGUGACGAAGCAAUGCAGAGUUGUCUGUACUCAACGGAUGACAGCCGUAGAAAAGCACCACCUUCAGGCUAAUAGUAAACAUAAUUUUAUGACAACCAUAAAUACGACCUUACUAAUUAUCAAAGAUAAUAUAAAAUAUUAGUUAUUAUCACCUCCGCCAACGAAGUUGGCAGGAGGUAAUGUUUUCGCCUGGUUUUUUAUUUAGCUAUUUAUUUGUCUGUAUGCAUAUUUGUUGUGAACAGCCUACAGCCGAUAUUUUUUAUCAGAAAUUCGUCAAACUUGGCAACAAUGUCCCUUUACCUAAUAUCUAGAGCUGAUUAAAUUUUGAAUGGUCAGGGUCAACGAAAACUAUUUUUUAAUUUAUUUGUCUACAGCCUAUAGUUUUAAUCUCAAACUUGUCAAACAUGGUCACAAUAUUCCAUGACCAAAGAUCUCAAAGAAUUUAAAGUUUGAAGGGUAAGUGUUAAAGGUCAAGGUCACAAUAAACAAAAACACGAUUUUUUGAAACAGUUUUUAUCAGAAAUUUGUAAAACUUGGCCACAAUGUUCCUUUACCAAAGAUCUGGAAGUGACUAAAUUUUGAAGGGUCAGGGUCAAAGGUCAAGGACACAAUGAUCAAAAAACUUGUAUAACUGUUUGACCUAUAGACGUGUGUGACACACUGCAAGGCUUGAGCUUAACAUACGGAUAACUUGGUUCUGUAUCUCUCGAAAAUGUUCCAACAUGGCAAUUUAGAGGGUUCAAAUGCAUAUUUAAUCGAUUUUAAUGUCUACUAAUAUUUAUAUAUUUAUUUUUUAAUUCGUGUGGCAAAGCCACCUUUAUUUGACACAAAUGCAUAAAACAAAUCACAAAUGUUAAAUAAAAAAUAAAACUAAUUAAUAUUUACAUUAAACAACAUUGAUUGGUUUUGAAAUAUAUUGUCAGUGAACUCCAUUUUUUAGAAAUAAAUAUCUUUUUUUGCAAUGAACCAAGGCAAUAUAUUUCUCUAUUCCAUAUUAUUUUUUUAUUUCAAGUUUUAAAGCAUAGGCACAUGGUAUGGUGUCUUGCAUUGUGCUUCGAUAUAUAGUGUU